GCGGUGUCUUGUCGGGACGUCUUGCAAGAUCCUGGCAUGGAAGAUGGCGUCUAAGAUCCAUCUUCUGGUGACUGGACUGCUGGUUCUUAUUCCUACCAUCGGAUCCAGGCGACAGAACUCUUCAGCUGAGCAGUGUUUUUGCAAUCUGAAGGGAGGUCUGGAUGACUGUAGCUGUGAUGUGGAAUCCAUCGACUCCUUCAACAAUGGGAAGAUCCACCCCCUACUGGAGGAGCUGCUGGGAAGGAACUACUUCAGAUACUUCAAGGUGAACCUGAACAAGGACUGUCCCUUCUGGUACGACGACAGCAAAUGUGCACUCAAGGACUGUGCAGUAGAUAUCUGUACUGAGGAGGUGCUGCCCGAAGGAAUGAGAAAUGGGCAUGAAGUAAAAAAGUACAUGACAGACUCUCUGCAGGAGAAAGAGGAAUGUGAUGAAAUGAUGGAGCUCAGUACAGUAGACACCACGCUCAGCCAAGAGAGUAAGGAUGCCUUUGUAGAAUGGACAGAGUACGAUGAUUCCCAGCUCAGCUUCUGUGCCAUGGAUGAUGAGGAUGAAAAUGACAUGCAGUACGUUGACCUCCUGCUGAACCCGGAACGCUACACUGGCUACAAGGGGGAGUCCCCUCACAGGAUCUGGAGAAGCAUCUAUGAGGAGAACUGCUUCAAGCCUGUCCAGUCUACCAGACCAUCCUAUUCCCCCAACAUCGUAUCAAAAGGGUCCCCACUUGAAGGCCUGUGUCUGGAGAAGCGAGUGUUCUACCGUGUCAUCUCUGGGCUGCACUCCAGCAUCAACAUACACCUGUGUGCCCGGCACCUAUUGCCAGCUGACGGUCACCACGGUGAUGUGUGUCUGACAAGAGACGGAUGGGGGAGGACCAAGUGGGGUCCUAAACUGGAAGAGUUCCGGAAACGUUUCUCCCCGGAGAGCGUGGGACCGCAGGGCACGACCCGGCUGAAGAACCUGUACUUCGUGUACCUGCUGGAGCUGCGGGCGCUGGUGAAGGCCGCGCCCUACUUCCUGAACCAGACGUUCUACACGGGAGACCGCGGAGAGGACGACGAGGUGCGCCAGCUACUGAUGGAGGUGCUGGAUGUCGCAAGGCAAUUUCCGUACCAGUUUGACGAAAACACCAUGUUCCAAGGUGACCCCAAGGAGGCAAGAAGACUCAAGGAGGAGUUCCGCCAACACUUCUGGAAUGUGACCCGCAUCAUGGACUGUGUCGGGUGUGACAAGUGUCGACUCUGGGGCAAGUUACAGGUCCAUGGACUAGGCACAGCGCUGAAGGUCCUGUUCUCGGGUGACAUCAUUGGUCGGACGGACAUCCCGCACAACAGGCAGUUCCACAUGACACGACGAGAGAUCGUGGCACUGGUCAACGCCUUCGGAAGACUCUCCAAAAGUAUACGGGCCUUGGAAGAUUUCAAGAACAUGAUGACGACAAGUUGACAACCUCCAGACACCUGCUGCUACAUUCCUCACCACUAGGAACCAGAACUUAAACACUACCACAACACUGCAAGAACUAUGGACGAAAACACACUCCAAGUAAUAUAUACCUACUCUCCAAGCAGAGGUUGAGUCGCGUAGAUAUAGUAGUAAGAGGAGCUUACGUAAGAGGAGCGGCCGUGUAAUUUUUCCGACUACUACUAUAUCUACGCGACUCAAUCUCUGCUUGGAGAGUAAUAUAUACCUGUAGCUUCGCUGCAGUAUGCUUUAGUUCAUUCAGAAGUAUGACAUAUAUGCUAGGACUUGUACUUGUUGCAAUGUUCUUUUUUUUUUCUUGAAUAUUCUGGAAAGGCUUAUUCAAUUUCUCAGCUUGUUGAGCUUUUACCGCACUGUAUUGCAUAUGAUAUACAAAUCAAGCAAUACCUGUCAUAUGCUUAAUUUUUAUGUUUGUAAAAAUGUAGUUAUUAUUAUUUCUGUCCAUAAUUGUCAUGGAUGCAAUAAGUGGCACAUACUGAAUGGGGGACUGUAAAUAAUAUAGAAAUAUCACUCCCAACGGGAUCUGUGCAUUCCAACUAACACUGGGACUAACUUUUCUUGUCAAAGUAUUGCAAAGAAUUGGUUUUUAUUUAAAGCUAAAACAAGUUAUUUUUGUUGAGAACAUAUUUCUUUCCUUGUACAAUUGUGUAAAGAUACAUAUGAACCUAUUGACAUGAAGUUAUUAAGAAUCUUAGUUCAAGAAAAAAGUUAAAGGAAACACUUGGCCAUUGCCACAGUCCAAAGAGUUUUAAGUUAAGUUUUAUUUAUUUCAGACCCACUGUCUUGUUUAUGUGUACUUAAUGUUAUACUGCAGGAUGUAGUACAGACUGUUAGAAAUAU